AUGCCUGAGCAGAAAGAGAGAGAUUCUAACGUCAGACCGCACGUGGCGAUUCUAGAGCGUAAAUUGCUCGAAAGCAGGUUGCAGACGAUUUCGGUACAGGAAGAUUAUACGGACUUGAUUGAAGAUGUUCUCGACGAGUUAUGUCAGUUGCGAAAUUUGGAAGUUGCGACGGAUUACUUGUGUGGGAGCGAAGUGCUGCUAGAUGAGCGAGAAAGGCUUCACGAGGCGCUAGAAAUUAUCAGAUCGGAUCUCAGGAUGGACCGGCAUCUACAGAGCCUGGAAAAGCAGGAAUUGAAGGCUGAGCUCAAAGCGAAAAGGAGUCAAUUAGCGGAUAGCGAAGAAAAACGAAAAUGGCUGAUAAAGAGGAGAGACGAACUGGUUGAUCAGAACGAGAAGUUAAAGGUUGCAGUCAUUUCCCUCGCUUCAGCGGUGGCGAUAAUUACUUCGUACAAGGUAUUAACGAUGUAA